CUCAUGGGGAUGGGGGGGGGGGAGAUACCCUCCUCAGCAUCUCCCCUUGGCCAGCGAGGGAGUUGUGCACCUGCCAUGCUGGGGACUGAAAGGUGUUGAAAAUGGGCCGAAAGGGACCGAAGCAGUGGCAUUUAAAAGUCGUCGAGAUGGACCAAAGUAUAAACCUCUUUCUCGAGGCCCAGGAACCAGUUGGAAUGUCGUUUUUAUUGUCUGGCUGAGUCUGUGUCGUGGAUCAACCCGCCUGACUCUGGCCCCUCUGCACCACCGCCGCCAACAUGCCGGUUCUGGACCGAGAGCCCUCCACAGACUUAGGGGGAGGAGAAGGUCUGCCCAAGCUGCCUCUGCCCGCCCUGCCGGACACACUGGACACGUACCUGCGGUGCGUGAGGCACCUGCUCACGGAGGAACAGUUCCACCAGACCCAGACCGUGGUGCGGCACUUCGGAGCCCCCGGGGGCGUGGGAGAGCUACUGCAGAGGAAACUCGCGGAAAGGAGGGACAACCAGGCAAACUGGGUGUACGAAUACUGGCUGAAUGACAUGUACCUGAACAACAGAAUGGCUCUGCCCGUCAACUCCAGUCCUGCGAUGGUCUUCCCGCAGCAGAACUUCAGGGCUCCCAUCGACUCUUUAAGGUUCGCAGCACACUUACUUUCUGGUGUUUUGGAGUACAAGACUCUCCUAGAUGCACGCGCCCUGCCUGUGGACUACGCCCGGGGCCAGCUGGCUGGGACGCCCCUGUGCAUGGAGCAGUACUAUCGCCUCUUCACCUCCUACCGCCUGCCGGGGCCCGAGAGGGACACGCUGGUGGCCCAGGAGAGCAGCGUGAUGCCGGAGCCUGAACACGUCAUAGUGGCUUGUAAGAACCAGUUCUUUGUGCUGGAUGUGGUGAUCAACUUCCGCCGGCUGAACGAAAGAGAUCUGCUGACUCAGCUGGACAAGAUUGCCAAGAUGGCCGACAGUGAAGACGAGAGUCUGCCGCCCAUAGGUCUCCUCACUUCGGAUGGACGGACAGAGUGGGCGGAGUCUCGCCGAGCGCUAAUGAGAGAGUCCACCAACAGGGAUUCUCUGGACAUGAUUGAGCGCUGCCUGUGUCUGGUUUGUCUGGAUGACGCCAGCGGUGCGGAGCUAAGCGACACCGCGCGUGCCACGUGGAUGCUGCACGGAGGAGGAGUGGCCAAGAACGGUGGCAACCGCUGGUACGACAAGCCCAUGCAGUUUGUCGUAGGAGCCGACGGCUGCUGUGGAGUCGUGUGUGAACACUCACCGUUCGAAGGGAUUGUCCUCGUGCAGUGCACGGAGUAUCUCCUCAAAUACAUGGUUGGCAGCCCGUCAAAGCUGAUCAGAGCCGCGAGUGUGAGCGAGCUGCCCGCGCCACGCAGGCUCCGCUGGAAGUGCACCCCCGAGGUCCACAAACUGCUCGCCUCCUCGGCUGACAAGCUCCAAAGCCUGGUGAGAAAUCUGGACAUGAGUGUCCACAAGUUCCACGACUACGGGAAGGAGUUCAUCAAGAGGCAGAAAAUGAGUCCGGAUGCCUACAUCCAGGUUGCUCUUCAGCUGGCCUACUACCGGUGUCAUCGCCGACCGGCGUCGACCUAUGAGAGCGCCUCCAUACGACGAUUUCAGGAAGGCAGGGUGGACAACAUCCGCUCAGCCACGCCCGAAGCCCUGGCCUUCGUCAGAGCAAUGACCGACGGGACGCUGAGCACGAGCGAUACGGAAAAGAUGGAGAUGUUACGCGGGGCCAUCACUGCACAGACGAAGUAUACUAUUCUGGCUAUCACGGGGAUGGCGAUAGACAAUCACCUACUAGGGCUGCGCGGAAUUGCACAUGAGCUGGAGAUAGAGACGCCAGAGAUAUUUACAGACGAAGCCUAUCUCAUCAGUAACCAGUUCGUUCUCUCUACAAGUCAGGUCCCGACGACCGUGGAGAUGUUCUGCUGCUAUGGGCCCGUGGUUCCAAACGGCUACGGAGCGUGCUACAACCCCCAGUCAGACCACAUUAUCUUCUCCGUGUCCAGUUUCCGCGAGAGCCCACAGACAAGUUCAGCAGAGUUUGUCAAGUGUGCGGUGCAGGGACUCCUGGACAUGAGGGAUCUGUGCAAUAAAUGCAACCGCGCAUCCACUCCGACCAGGCAGAGACCGGGCGGGACACUGGAGACACAGACGCAAACGGAGACUAGCUGGCAGAACCAAACACAGCAGAGACCGUCCGACUCAACCAAGUGUCAGCAAACACCGCCACAGGUUGUGGUGGAGACACCAGAUCAGACUAAAGUGGAGGCUCAAACCCAGACUUCAUAACAGGAAGAGCCACAAGCUUUUAAGGACGGAGGUAAAUCACCGGACGCUGUCAGUGCCUGUGAAAAGAAUUGUUGUGCUGUGAUUUUAAUGUUUGGGUUUUUGUGUGCUGCAAUAAUACACUUCCCUUGACUCGUUCACAAAAUAUACACUGUAACUGUGAUACCAGAUGAGAUGUAAAGCUGUUGUAUUGUACGCAAUAUUGUUAAACGUAUCAACAUCUAACUAACUUAUUGGAAGAGAAUAUGACAGUUGUUGUGUUAUUGUAGGUGACAUUUUUCUGCUGUUGUCACAGAAAAUAUCCAGCAUACAGCAGGAACGUACAUUUUCUGUUGAAAAAUCUACAAGUGUAUGUGGAUAGAAAUUUGAGCCAAAUUUGAGCUUUUGAUUGUUGUUUUGCCACUAAUUUGAGAUGAAUCAGCCAAAGGAAAGGGGGACGAGAACGAUGGCAACCAGAGCCACAGUUAAUGUUGGUGGGAAAUGAGCAAAGAAAAAAUCAUUCUCCCAUCUAACAUUUCUGCAUCAUUUCAUCCAUGGUGCCCGUCAGUCAGUUCGACGGGGCAAAAGUAGUCUGUGAGUCGUGACAAAUGGCCGAUUGUCUGUAUAUGUGAAUUUGCAAAAUCGCAUGCUGCUAUCUAAUGAUUUCCGGAAGAUUAUGGUACAUCGUCAAACCCCAAUCUUCUAUGCAAUUUCCACGCGUGUUGUCUUCAUAAAUUGUUGUCGGUUGCACAUGUGGUGUAUCUGAAAUAUCUGUUCAAAAAGUAUCCUUUAAAAAAAGAAAUCGUUAGACAUUCAGCUCAUACGGAUGAAAAACACUUUAACAUACAUAUAUAAUAUGAACAAAAAGCAACUAAGAUUUUCAAGGGAUACUUUUUGAUUUGUCAAAGAAUGUGAAGCGUAAUCAGUAGUGUAUUUAUAAAUUAUGAGCAGAAUAUUAUUUAAGCUAUUUAUUUUUGUAUGAUAUCACCUAUAGUGUUACAGUAAAUGUAAAAGUUUGGAAAAUAAUAACAUUUGUAUAUACAUAAUAUAUAUAUAAAUAUAUAUAACUUACUAAGCAGAGGUGAUCACUGUGUUUAUGAUUGUCAAAUUGUAUUUAUAGAGUAUGGUUGAAGAUUAAAACAAAAGAACUAAAAUAAAUUGAAUUGUUCUGUUCAUUUUGCUGAUUACAGAUAUGUUUGGAUUUUUAGAAAUGUACUUUGAUAGUGCUGUUUAUGAUACUAUAUAUUUGCCCCCUAACACAUAAAUCCACUAGUAAACAAUCAUGUCAAUGUUAGUGGACCAGUUGCAUUAUGAAAUCUGCAAAACAAAACAAGAAUCAUUUUUACACCAUAAUUACAACAUUUUCUGUCAAACUAAUCAAUUGAUGUAUCUUACAUUAUUGUGAAUGUAUUGACUAAAGGGCUGGGUUUACAGUAUGAUACAUUAUGUAAAAUAGAAGCCUACAUAUACACAUACAUAUAUUCAUUGGCUACUGUAGCUGAAAAAGGUAAAUUAGAGGAUUGACCCCAUCCUACACUUUUUUUUGUCAAACCAAUAACCCCUCUCAUAUCUUAUUUGCAGAAUGUCAGCUUGCGCCAUCAAGCAGAAGAUGUAAAGUCCGACAGGCUCAUCUGAACAGACUGCGAAACUCAUUUGUUCCUCAGUUAAAUGAAAGUUCGGUUUCUAAGAGGGCCAGAGAGCAGC